UAUCUUAAGUCCCACGUGGUCUGCGAGGUGUCGCAACCGGACAGAUUCACCGACCUAGAGUGUGCGCAAAGUCGUCUUUUCGUAUUUUCUUACUAAUGGCUGAAGCUCAAAGUGAUUCCUCAGACGAGGAGCCGACAAUAGCAGAAGACAUCGUCGUCACCAAGUACAAAUUGGCGGGAGAAAUGGCCAACAGGGUGCUACAAUGUUUGCUAAAGGAGGCGACCGCUGGGAAGCCUGUUCUGUCUCUGUGCGAGCGUGGAGAUGCAUUGAUAGCCGAAGAGACCGGAAAAGUAUUCAAAAAAGAGAAGGAAAUGAAGAAAGGUGUUGCGUUUCCUACUUGUAUCUCCAUCAACAACUGCGUGUGUCAUUUCUCGCCGCUGAGAACGGAUCCGGAGGUCGUAUUAGUAGAUGGAGACGUCGUUAAGAUAGAUCUCGGCGUUCACAUUGAUGGCUUUAUUGCUGCCGUAGCUCACACUGUUGUGGUCGGUAUGUCGCCUGAAAUGAAGGUUGAGGGUAGAAAAGCUGAUUGCAUAAUGGCUGCAUAUCUUGCGUCUGAACUGGCACUUCGGUUAGUGAAGCCAGGAGAAGAGAAUUCAACUGUAACAGAUGCUAUUCAGAGAGUAGCAGAGUCGUUUCAGUGCAAACCAGUUGAGGGAAUGUUGUCUCAUCAACUGACACGUCACGUCAUCGAUGGUGAGAAAAGCAUUAUUCAAAAUCCAACUGAACUCCAACGCAAAGAACACAAAACGUGCACUUUUGCUGUUCACGAAGUCUACGCUGUCGACGUUCUUGUGAGCUCAGGAGAUGGACGAUCACGGCAACUGGAUGCUCGUACGACCGUUUUCAAGAAAACCGAAGGACAGUAUAGCUUGAAGAUGAAGGCAUCGCGAGUGUUUUAUAGUGAAGUGGCUAACAAGUUCACAACAUUGCCCUUUACUUUACGAGCAUUUGAUGACGAGAGAAAGGCUCGUAUGGGUGUAGUCGAAUGCUCUAAGCACGGACUUAUGGAGCCUUUCAAUGUUCUCUACGAGAAGGAUGGAGAGUUUGUCGCACAGUUCAAGUUCACUGUGCUGUUGAUGCCGAAUGGGCCAAUGAGGAUUACACAAGGUCCGUUUAAUUCGAAUGAAGUCUUGUCUCAAUAUGGUGUUGAAGAUGAAGAACUGAAGAGUCUUUUAGCAACGUCUGCAAAUAAGAAAGCUCAAAAAAAGAAAAAGAAAAAGAAGGCUGCAAAGGCUGCCGAUGCGGCCGCAGCUGAUGCAGCUGCUGCAGACGUGGCUGCUACUACUGAAGCAGCCAACGACGCUGAUGUUGUACAUGCAGACGACAGCUAGUCUUAAUGACUUGUAAGGAUUUUGCUAUGCUUACCGACACACACAUUGCGAAUUAGAAACACGAGAGCUCACAUAUCUGUGUAUCAGCAAGAGUUUGUGAAGUACGUAUUGUUGACAACAACGUA